AUGGCGAAGCAUCGCCUCCUCGCCGUGCUCCUCAUCGGGAUAGUUGCAGCCUCCUCUUUCAACCAAGCAGCUGCGGCUAGCCGAGGCCUUGUUGUCGUUGGGAAGUUCACAGAGCUAGAGCCAAAGCCGGAACCCAAACCAGAGCCAAUGCCCAAACCUAUGCCCCACCCAGAGUCAGAGCCCUGCAAACCUGAACCGAUGCCCAAACCCGAACCAAAGCCUGGACAGAAGCCUGAACCAGAACCCAAGCCCAAGCCGAUGCCAAAACCAAAGCCCAAGCCCUGCUCCAAAUCGAAGCCUGAGCCGAUGCCAAAACCGGAACCAAAGCCGGAGCCCAAGGCUAAACCUGAACCGAAACCGAAGCCGCCUCCAAAGUGCAAACCACUGGCAACGCACAAUUGA